CUUCUUUAUUUUCUUUUCGACACUUUCGAAUUACUUUGCCCAAGUCAUUGUACAAUGAUACUCAUUACAGGAGCAGAUGAUUACAUCGGCCAUUGUGUUACGUCUCAUCUAGCUCGAUUUGAGCCUUUGCGAUCGUCCUUGCGAGUCUUGUGCCAAAAUACACAACCAUGUCUUAAUUUCGCAAAACACGGCAUCGAAGUUCGACAAACGGAUUAUCAAAACCCUCACAACUUAUCAUUGGCAAUGAGAGCGGUUGAUUUGAUGGUCAUUGCAGUGGGUUACGAGUCUGACCGAGUUCAUCAUGGUAAAAGACUUAUCGAAGUCGCCGCACGAUCCGGCGUUCAGUCGAUUAUUCUGGUAUCACAUGUUGGUGCAUUAUCCUCAGAGCACGAGUCUCUGAAUCACUAUGCACUGAUUGAAGAGGAGUUAACCAAUGCAGAUAUUCCUUCAUGGACGAUUCUCAGACCUGAUUGGAUACAGCAAAGUUUCCAUUUGUGGACCAGUUACGUAGAAAGACACCGUCGAUUUGCAUUGCCUUUACCUGAUGAUACCGAGAUAUGUCCACUUGAUAUUACCGAUCUUUGCGCCGUUAUUGAAAACCUACUUUUGGACAAAUUUACUAAACAACCGUUACCUAUCAUCGAUGACCACCACAACGGACAGGUGUACACCCUCACAGGCCCAAAACCGGUCAACGGCAAAGACAUGAUCACAUACAUGCGCAAAGCCACCGGCUACUCCAAGCUGCAGUACACCCCCACUCGGUCCAUGGAUACAGCAUUCUAUCUGUACAACCUCCGCACCGAUAUCUGGUUCGAUGCGCGUAUAAAAGCCGAGAACCGAAUCAUUUAUCAUGAUGAAUUCGAUACCUACGCCUACCGUCGUUAUGUAUUAGGAGCACCCAAAGCACUACAAAUAAAAACGUAUAUCGAUUAUUUUGACUGGAUUCACAAGACGUCAAGCAGUAUCUGUGUUUCGCAUGCCAAUAUUAUCAACGAUUCACCUACUCGUGGCAUCCAAGAUUACUUCCAGGAAAAUGCCAACCAAUUCAAACCAAGAGUUUAGUAUCCUAUUCUAUAUUAUCCGGCACAUUGUGUAAAUUUUUGUCAUAACUGUAAUCAUCCUUGUUAGUAUAUCUUUCUAAACUUUCAUAAAUAGUAUCAACAUUGUUAUCCCAUUGCGGUUGUAUCAUCCGUGAU